CUAGUUGGGAUGUUGGUUGGUAGAGAUCCACAAAUGGAUCCCUAUUUGAAUAUUGAUUCAUGGCAUAUUUUUGGUAAUUUUGGUCGUUUACUAGGACAAUAAAGCUAGCCUCGCCUAGUUUGAGAGGAAAGUCUUCAUAAGUCUAUCCAAGUCGUGAGUCCAAACAAACUUCUGGUGAAGUCAACAAUUCUCCCUUCGGUUCUCCCAUAGGGGCGGAAGAAUUAUAGUGGAGAAGUCAUUGAAUUUUAUCACGCUGAACUGGGACUAGUUUGGUUUGGCUACUAGUUUGAAUUGUUAGAAAUAGAUUAAGUCUUAAUUGUACAGAGGAUUAUUUUUUUAUGUGACCUAAAGUGUUAUCUUGCCUACCUAUAUCAAAUAAGGUUUCCUAUUACCGAUCCUUUGUUCACUUAGGUGAUGAGAAGGCUGGGUGCAGAGUUGUUAGAUGUACUCACCAGACCACCACUUUAAUGAUUGAUAGAGUCGCUCGAGGAAGAAAUUCUCACUACUCGCUAAGAGAUGAUAACGCAACAGGAAGAAGCGUAAUGUAACCUCAACAUAACCUCUUCAAUAAAUUAAAUCUCGCAACAUUAUUUUCUUUAUUGACCAGAAUACUUAUCAGUAAAUUUGAUUGGGAGCUAUAUUGACAAGUUGAUAGUAGAAAGAAGAGCAGGAAGCCCGGCCUCAUGUUUAAGCCUGAUAUUGAGAAGGCAUUCGACAGCGUGAACUGGGAAUGUUUGUUCAAGAUUCUUUCAGGUCUGGAAUUUUUGGAGAAAUGGAAGAGUUGGGUAAAGGGAUCCAUGUGCUCCUCUAUGAUCUCUGUUUUGGUUAACGGUGAAGCUAAUGGGUAUUUCAGAGCUUCUAAAGGUCUUCGUCAGGGCGAUCCCCUUUCACCGGGUUUGUUCGUACUAGUUAUGGAUGUUUUGUCAAUGAUGCUGAAAGUAGUUAGGGAAGCUGGAAAAUUCAAAGGAUUUUACAUGAACGAAGACUCCAAAAAUGGUGAAGUUACCCACCUCCUGUUUGCCGACGAUACAGUGAUAUUUUGCGACGCCAAUCAUGAUCAGGUUCUGAAUAUUCUGGCUACUAUUGUGUGUUUCCAGUCUAUGACCGGUUUAAGGAUAAAUCUGGACAAGUCAGUGAUGUAUAUUGUCGGCGAUGUGGCUGAUCCUAGUUUCUAUGCUGCUAUUUUUGGGUGCAAAUGGAGCAGACAGCCUCCGAAGUACCUCGGCUUCCCUCUUGGAGCCAAACUGAACGAUCCGGCAAUUUGGGACUCCAUGAUCAACAAAAUGAAGAGUAAACUUAACGGUUGGGGGAGCAGACAUCUAUCAUACGGAGCUAGACUGGUCUUGUGCACUGCGGUUCUAGGGAGCAUGCCUACGUACAUGUUUUCCCUAUUCAAGGCACCUGUUUCAGUUCUCCAGGAAUUGGAAAGAAGUCAGAGGAGGUUCUUAUGGAACGGUGGGCGCGACAGCAAUAGAAGGGCCCUCGUGGAUUGGAAACUCUGCAAAACCGAGAAAAGCAGGGGCGGGCUGGGAAUUCAUGAUCUGAAAGCUUUCAAUGAUGCAAUGUUGUCCAAGUGACUGUGGCGGUUCGCAACGGAGAGAGAUAGUUGGUGGCGUAAGCUUAUCGAUAUCAAGUACCACAACCCCUCCUCGGUUUGGCAAACGGAAAAGGUUAGAAGUGGUUUUUCUCAAUCGGUGUGGGUGAACAUAACGAAAGAAUACGAGCUAUUCUGGAAGUUUGCAAGCCUAGGCCCUGAAAAUGGUACCAUGAUUUCGUUUUGGCACGACGUUUGGAAUCAGGGGUAUGGUGUUUUCUUCUGCAUUUCCCCGCGUUGUUGCUGCCGCUGUCGACUCCGAAGCAAGAUUCUCCGAUGUAGCAUCCCUCAAUGGUGAGUUGGUGAGUUGGUCUUUCAACCUUAAAUAUAAUUUGAGGGGGGUGCUGAACGGGAAAGGGUAGAAUUGUUGAACUUUCCUAAUAAUAUUCCCAUGAACAAUAACGCUCUUAGUCCGUGCAGAAUAGUUUGGAAUCCUGAUCCAAACAGUAAGUUCUCAGUGAGCUCUUUAUACAUGAAACUUGUGCAGGAAACGCUGCCAGGAGUGCAUGAUUUUCUGUUGAAACAAGUAUGGAAGAAGAUGAUCCCUAGUAAAGUGUGCUUUUUUAUCUGGAUGGUUUUCCAUAACAAGAUACUCAUGGUUGACAACUUGAAGAGGAGAGGGUGGUCGAUGGCGAACAGAUGUUGUCUCUGUUGUAGAAAUGAAGAAUCCAUUAAUCACCUACUGGUGGAUUGUGAGUUUGUGAAUGAAGUGUGGAGCCAUAUCAACAGGGUUAGAUCGAUGUUGUCCUACCAAGACAGGGAGGUGGAAUUAAUAAUCAAACACAGCCCUCAUUCCAAGUCGGGAAACGUCAGGGAGUGGUUUAGAGACUGUAUCUUACACGCGGUUUGGUGGUUCGUGUGGUUGGAAAGGAACCAGCGGGUGUUCGAAGAGAAGAAAUCGACUGCCAUCGGGGUAGCUAGAAGAGCAGCGAGGAACGCGAUGGAAUGGCUGGUGGCCCAUGGUCAAAUUGAUAAAAUUCAGGGUGAGGCUUGGUUGCAUGAGAGCUUGUUGAUAUGUUGAUCCGUGGCGGCGAGGCCGGACUUGGAGUUGUUGUAGGUCUGUUUUUGCAGGUCUGUUUCCCUGGCGGUUCGUGGAGCACGUUUGAUGUAUAUUUGUUGGUAGCUUCUUUGGAGAGAUCGUGAUGUUUGUAGUUCCCUGCUGAUGGGUGGAGGCUUGGGAGAUUGUGCGUUUGUACUAGUAGUAACGUGUUUGAGGUGUAACUUAGGUAUUCCGGUUGAUUGCCCUUCUAUAGGUCAGUUCAGGUGUUCUUUUGGCUUUGGUCAUGUCGUUCUAUCGUUCCUUAGUUGUUGUGUCUCGUUUGUUCCCCCGACAAGCAGGAGCGGUCUGGUCCGCUUUUCUUUGUCAAUUUCUCGUAUGUUUCUUGUGCUGCUUUUCGUUCUUUGUAGUUCUGUUUGUUUAUUUUCUUUCUUUUGUUCGUGGCACUGUGAGAUCAGUCCUUGUGAUCUCCUUUGCGUGUAUAGUCUUUUGUUUUCUUUCUGCUUUUCCUAGCAAUAAAAGUUCAUCGCCAUUAUCUAAAUUAAAAAAUAAAAUCAAGUUGAACCCCAUUAACAAUCGAGGCAACGAGCAGAGUGUGACAUCCUACUAAAUGAAAAACCUUGUUACCUAACGUCAAACAAAAUAAGAAGAUACUCAUCCAAAAAUAUGCAAACCUCUUUCAAUAUAGUACCGCCCUUAGCAUAUUCCAAAUUUGGCAUCUCCACAAAAUGUGAAUUGGUUCAAUCUUCCCUUCAUCCCCUAUGCAAUAAAGUCACGUAGUGUCAUAAGUUCUGCCAAGAAUGAGUGUCACACUACUUCGUAUCGACGAGCAUUUUUUUGUUAAACUCCACCACAUACUCUUAUUGUAGGAUAAUCCAACCGUAGUGAUGUCUCUUUUAUGUCCAAUUUUCUGUUCUUUUAUCUUACUUUUCGAUUCCAAUUAAUCAUGCAAGGUUUU